AAUAACAUUAAAUAGUAUAAUUUUAUCCACCGGAAAUGAAAUCUUUCGUAGUGUUGUUUGCCUUGGCCGCCGUGGCUUGUGGGUCGGUGGUGCCAGAAGAGAACACUGCGUAUGGAUACCUGGCCAAAUAUGGUAUCCCAUUGGCAGAGAAAAUCAAAGCAGCCGAAGAAGAAUUCCUGUCCAACCCGUCCAGAAUCGUCGGAGGGUCACCCGCUUCUCUAGGAGAGAUCCCAUGGCAGGCUGGUCUUCUCAUCGACCUCGAAGGUUUCCAAGGCCAGGGUGUGUGUGGAGGAUCCCUGCUCUCGAACAACCGCGUGCUGACGGCCGCCCACUGCUGGUUCGACGGCAUCAACCGUGCAUGGAGGUUCACCGUCAUCCUCGGGUCCACCCUGCUGUUCAGCGGAGGCACCAGAAUCCAGAGUACCGACGUCGUCAACCAUCCCAGCUGGUUCCCUCUCCUCGCCCGCAACGAUAUCAGCGUUAUCCGCCUGCCUUCUGCUGUUACUUUCUCAAACAUCAUCGCUCCAAUUGCUCUGCCCACUGGAGCUCUAGCGAGUGAGACCUUUGUCGGAGAAAUCGGUGUAGCGUCCGGCUUUGGAUUAACCCAAGACGGAGGCAGCAUCAGCGCCAACCAGUUCUUGAGCCAAGUGAGCCUGCCGAUCAUCACCAACGCGCAGUGCUCUCUGAGCUUCCCCAUCAUCGUGCAGAGCAGCAACAUCUGCAUCAGCGGCGCUGGUGGCAGGAGCACCUGUAACGGCGACUCCGGCGGACCCCUCGUCGUCACUAGGAACAACCAACCUAUCUUGGUUGGCGUCACGUCAUUUGGAUCUCCCGACGGCUGCCAGGCCGGUCGCCCCGCCGCCUUCGCUAGAGUCUCAUCCUUCUUGGACUUCAUCAACAACAACCUAUAAACAAAAACGUUUUAUAAUAAGUAUCUAACAAUAAAAUGACUGAUCGACCUUAA